AGUCAAAAGAAAUCUAUUUUCUUUUUCUCUCUUUCCCUCCCUUCUUCUCUCCCCCCUCUCUCUCAUUCAUGGUGGAUCUUCCUCAAGCUCUUGGCAUCUCCUUUCGAAAUUUCUGCAAAUCCUACAAAUCCUUCUUCAAAAAAUGGCAUUCUAAGGUCAAGAAUUCCAAGAAGGAUACUGAUAAUGUCGUUGUUGAUACUAAACACGACGACCCUACCUCCGACGCCAUCCAUAAUUAUGGCCCUUCCAAGGAUCACGAAGAUAUUAAGAAAAAGGAAGGACCGAGACCGACGAAAGGCGUUCAUAGCUUUAGAUAUGGAGGCCGGAGUCUGAGAGAGAAUGAUACGACCAGUUUCAGGCCUCAAAGCUAUGACAGUGGAUAUUCUACUCUUUCACGGAACGCGAGUCGGAGAGGUCAAAAUGCAGGGUCGACGUCGUCGUCGCUGUUUCGGAGCAUGAGUAGGAGGAGCAAUGAGUCGAUGACGUCAAGAGUGAGCAGCGGGAGAAGGAGUAUCGAUUCGAUAUCGUCUUCACCACUGUUGUCGAAGAGUGGUAGCAAGAGGAGCACGACGCCGAUAAUGUUCUCGAAUUCGUCGGGGGUGCUAAAGGCUGCGGCGAUAGAGAAACAGCUGGAAUGCACACUGGAGGAGCUAUGCUUUGGGUGCAUAAAGAAAAUUAAGGUCACAAGAGAUCUCCUCUUGAUCAACGGGCAAGCGAUGGAGGAAGAAGAAACAUUGACAAUGAAAGUAAAGCCAGGGUGGAGGAAGGGGACAAAGAUAACAUUUGAAGGAGGAAUGGGGAAUGAGAGGGCAGGCAGUUAUCCAGCGGACACGUCCUUUGUGAUAGCUGAAAAACGACACUCAUAUUUCAAAAGAGAAGGUGAUGACUUGGAGUUAAUGGUGGAGAUCCCUCUAUUGAAAGCCCUAACUGGUUGCACCAUUUCAGUUCCAUUAUUGGGAGGGGAAACAAUGAGCUUGGACAUCCACGAAGUGGUUUCACCUGGUUACGAGAAGCUCAUUCAAGGUCAAGGUAUGCCUAAACUUAAAGAUCCUGACACCAGAGGCGACUUGAUUCUUAAGUUUUUCGUGGACUUUCCAACUCAAUUAACUCCCCAACAACGAUCUGAUGUUUGUCGAAUUUUAGAGGGUUCUCACCAUUCUUAGUUUAAACCAAUUUGGCUUUAUUUUAUUAGGAUUUCACUCUAUAAUUUUUUUAUAUAUAUAUAUAUACAUAUAUAUUUCUUUUCUUUU